GUUUUACCAGCGUUGCUAGUGCUGGAAACGACGUCAGUGGGUUCACCGCGCUUAGCGACGCCAGUCGAAUUAAUGUCACGCUGGACUGAGGUAUUUACCGGAUACCAAAGGGGCCUCACUUUCGAGUGUGGCACGGGUACUACACCUCCGGCAGAAAUACUUGCCCCCUACUUAUUCUCUUGCAGUCUGGUUCGCUAUUCGCUCGAAAGAACGCCACGAAAGCCUCGUCACCACAGCAGUAGCGGCAUUGGCACCACGCGGUGGCAGGCUGCAAGUCUGGAGCAGCUAAGGCGGACGGCGACUGGGAUUGAGCACAGCGUAAACGGAAUCGCGGAAGACACGUCACACGAGACAACCAGCAUGCCGACACAGCCGCACAUAUUCUCGCACUUGCUUAACCCACUGCAAUGCACGGAGCAAGACAACGCAAUACUAAUCGAGUUAGCAGAGACCUUGGUGGUACACAACGUCCAGCAAUUCAGCGCUCUCGAGCUUACGAAGAACGGAGCUCCGUCCAACAAGAAUCGCUGGAAAGAGGUGCGAAAGAGAGAGGGCACUAAGGUUUUCAAGGAGAAGGCUACCAAAGGUGAACCACUUGAGAUGCCAUCGCUCAUGCUGAUGGGCACGGUGGUGGGCAAGCUAGAAGACUUCAUGUACGCUGUGGUGGCCCCCUCCACCGAGGUGAUGAGAAUCAAGUCGUUCAUCAUCCAGGACGGCAUUGUCGACUGUAAGGUGCUGCAUGAGGUGGUGAGCCCUACCAUAGACGACCCAUUCCACCAUAUUAGCGUCAGGUGGCGCUUAUUCACUGAACCAGAUCUUCGAGAUUAUGUGUGUCUUGACUCAACUGGCAUUGCUACGUCGGCUAACGGGGAGAGAAUUGGUUACCAUUUAACACAUUCCGUCGGGUUUGAACAAAUUCCCAGUUUCGCCAGCUACGAUGUCACUCGCGGCAACAUGUCGAUUUGUUCGUUAUACGUGCAGAAUACUGCAUCAACCGUUCAAAUAUAUGUACGUGGCUUCUUCGACUCGAACGAGGGCAGGAACGAACUCGUCAACAAUGCCACAAUGAAUGCCAUCGCGUCGCACUGGAUGUCCUAUCCGCGUAAGGUCGAGUGUGCGCAAGUGAAGAAACUACUGUGGACCAUGCACAAGAACAACAAUCGCGAUUCCAUUAUGUCAUUGAAGAACGAUGGCAAGCUGUCCAUGUCUACUUCUACCCCAGGACUGUGCAAAAUCUGCUCCAAGAGUUUUGGUUUCCUUGGCACAAGUCGGAAAAUCUGCAUUGUCUGCAAUGAGCAGGUGUGUUCGCGAUGCUCCGUGGCCAAGACACUGGCAAUGCUCGCGUCAAAUCGGGUCUCAGUGAUGGAAAAGAAACGGGUAUUCUGCGUACAGUGCAUUAGCGAUGUCACGAAUACCGACGCCUUGCGGAUCGCACGCGAGGAGAUCCUUAAUUGCGGUAAGCUCACAGCCACCUACUAUUGAACCAGAGCAAGACCAAGCGAUGAAAACGCGAACGGAAAGCGAUCCCAAGUUGAAGUGGUGCAUCCAAGAUUUGUAAAAAAACUCGAUUAUUGUAUUUCUCAAGUUGAAGUUGUUGGAAUAAAAAAGUUGUAAAUUUUAAC